UACAUGUGGGGGUGGCAGUGGAGGAGGUAGAGGGAGAGAGAGAAAUUCCCAGCCACUGAGCAAAGGAAUAGGAUGGGGGACCCGCUGAGCAAAGAGAAGGGGGAACAGCUGGACACCAGCAAGAAGAGAAGUCUGAUUGGCCACACGCUGGCCUCAGCCAGCACCCCGCUGUCUACCCUGGCCCACUGCAAACGACCUUUCCAGCAGAGUCCCUACUUCUCCGGAGGCUGUGAGGCUCUGUUCCUUCGGAAACAGCAUUGUGUGGGGGUCCCCAUGAAGCUCCUGGCUUUCCUGAGCCUGCUGGCCCUGGUGCUGCUAGAAGCAGGGACAGCUUCUCCCCCAAAGGGGAGGAAGAGGAGAGACCCGACGAAUGAGGAGGGAGAUUCUUACGCGGUCCUGAAUCUGGGGAACUACGUCCCUGACCUGGACAACUACGAUGAGGUCAUUGACCUGAGCGACUACGAAGGGCUCAUGGACUAUGGGGACCAGCUCCCCGAGGUCAAAGCGGGAUCCAGCCUGGGUCCUCCAACCAGGAUCGGUUCCACUCAGAGCACGGUGAAUCCAAGGACACUCUCGUCCAAGCCCACCAUGACCAAGCCUACUAUGCUGGGCCUCCCAGGCUCCCCAAGCAGCCACGCUGAGCCAGGCCUGCCUACCUGUCUGGUAUGCGUGUGCCUUGGUUCCUCCGUGUACUGUGACGAUGCUGACCUGGAGAGCAUCCCGCCUCUCCCCAAGACAACCACUUACCUGUACGCCCGCUUCAACCGCAUCAGCCGGAUCCGAGCUGGAGACUUCAAAGGGCUGACAAAACUGAAGAAGAUCGACCUUUCCAGCAAUUCCAUCUCCUCCAUUGAUGAUGAUGCCCUCCGCCUGCUGCCUGCCCUGCGGGACCUGAUCCUCCCAGAGAACCAGCUGGCGGCUCUGCCCGUGCUGCCCGCUGGCAUCGAGGUCCUGGACGUCCGCCUGAACCGGCUCCAGAGCUCCGGAAUACAGCCCGAAGCCUUCAGGGGGCUAGAGAAGCUGCAGUUCCUCUACCUGGCUGACAACUUGCUGGACUCCAUCCCCGGGCCCCUGCCCCCCAGCCUGCGCUCACUGCACCUGCAGAAUAACAUGAUAGAGACCAUGCAGAAAGAUGCCUUCUGUGACACUGAGGAGCACAAACACAGCCGGAGGCGGCUGGAAGACAUCCGCCUAGACGGCAAUCCCAUCAACCUGGGCUUCUUCCCCAGCGCCUACUUCUGCCUGCCUCGCCUCCCCACCGGCCGCUGCUGCUAGCUCACCGCUCCCCGUGCGGCGGGAAGGGUGCGGGCCUCGCCUCCACGCGGUGGUCUGUCAUCCAGGCCGGAAUCGGCCCCCUGAUCCAGUUGCAAAACUCACCCCCGCCCCCUGCCCCCACGGGCUGCACACACACACACACAUGCACGCACACAUAGAUACACAGACACACAUACAACAGAUACACAGACACACACACACAUACACACAGACAUAUAGACGUGCAUGUGGAAACAUAGACAUACACAGACACACGGACACACACGCAGGCACACGCACACA